GGGGGCAGGGGCAGCCGUUGACUUCACAAUGGUGAGGUCUGCUGUCCCUGGUCAGCCCGCUGGCCACCGGCCAGCUGCCGCCCCUGGCUGCCGGGCAUGUCCCUCCUCAGCAGCUAUGAGGGCCUGCGGCAGGAGAUUCAACGAUUGGCACAGGAGAACGAGGAGCUGCGGAGGCUUGUGCAUCUCAUCCAGGAGAACCAAGAGCUGAAGCAGGUGCUUAGGAACCGUGGCAGCAGCUUGGGCUUCUGCAGUUCUGGUUUCCUGGCUGAAGUGUCUGUCAGUCCCCGGCCACCCAGGCGAAGAACAAUCAAAUUCAAGGAUGCUGAGAGAGUUCUCCCAGGGCUACCCGCUGAAGAGCUACUGCUGGACUCCAGCCUCACCACCAUGGGCAGCCCGGAGGGGCGUUUCCACUUUGCUAUUGACCGCGGGGGCACCUUCACAGACGUCUUUGCCCAAUGCCCUGGUGGGCACGUGCGGGUCUUGAAACUGCUUUCCGAGGACCCUGCCAACUAUGCAGAUGCACCUACGGAGGGCAUUCGCCGCAUCCUGGAGCAGGAGGGGGGCAUGCUGUUGCCUCGGGACCGGCCACUGGAUACCAGUCGCAUUGCCAGCAUCCGCAUGGGCACCACAGUAGCCACCAAUGCACUGCUGGAGCGGCGGGGGGAGCGGGUGGCGCUGCUGGUGACACAUGGCUUUAGGGACCUACUGCACAUCGGCACCCAGGCCCGUGAAGACCUCUUUGAUUUGGCCGUGCCCAUGCCUGAGAUGCUGUACGAAGAGGUGCUGGAGGUGGAUGAACGGGUGGUGCUGUACCGAGGAGAGCCAGGCGCUGGGACACCUGUCAAAGGCUGCACAGGAGACCUGCUGGAAGUACAACAGCCUGUGAACCUGGAGGCCCUGCGUGGGAAGCUGGAGGGGCUGCUGUCUCGGGGCAUCCGCAGUCUCGCCGUGGUGCUCAUGCAUUCAUACACAUGGGCCCAGCAUGAGCAGCAGGUGGGCACGCUGGCCCGGGAGCUGGGUUUCACGCAUGUGUCACUGUCCUCGGAGGCCAUGCCCAUGGUGCGUAUUGUUCCUCGGGGGCACACGGCCUGUGCUGAUGCCUACCUCACGCCCACCAUCCAGCGCUAUGUGCAGGGCUUCCGCCGUGGCUUCCAGGGCCAGCUCAAGGACAUACAGGUGCUGUUCAUGCGCUCCGAUGGUGGCCUGGCACCCAUGGAUGCUUUCAGCGGCUCCCGUGCUGUGCUCUCAGGCCCUGCUGGCGGUGUGGUAGGCUACUCAGCCACCACCUACCAGCGGGAAGGUGGCCAGCCUGUUAUUGGCUUUGACAUGGGAGGCACGUCCACAGAUGUGAGUCGUUAUGCUGGGGAAUUCGAGCAUGUCUUUGAGGCCAGCACAGCCGGUGUCACCCUCCAGGCUCCUCAGCUGGACAUCAACACUGUGGCAGCAGGCGGAGGUUCUCGCCUCUUCUUCAGGUCUGGCCUCUUUGUGGUUGGGCCUGAGUCAGCAGGAGCCCACCCAGGCCCUGCCUGCUAUCGCAAAGGGGGCCCUGUGACGGUGACGGAUGCUAAUCUGGUCCUGGGUCGCCUGCUGCCUGCCUCUUUCCCCUGCAUUUUUGGGCCGGGAGAAGACCAGCCACUGUCCCCUGAGGCUUCUCGCAAGGCCCUGGAGGCUGUGGCCACUGAGGUCAACAGCUUCUUGGCCAAUGGCCCCUGCCCGGCCUCCCCGCUGAGCCUGGAGGAGGUGGCCAUGGGGUUUGUGCGUGUGGCCAAUGAAGCCAUGUGCCGGCCCAUCCGUGCACUCACUCAGGCAAGAGGACAUGACCCCUCAGCCCAUGUCCUGGCCUGCUUCGGGGGAGCUGGUGGGCAGCAUGCUUGUGCCAUUGCCCGAGCCCUGGGCAUGGACACUGUGCACAUUCACAGGCACAGUGGGCUGCUGUCAGCACUGGGACUGGCCUUGGCAGACGUGGUACACGAGGCACAGGAGCCCUGCUCCCUGCCCUACAUGCCUGACACCUUUGCGCAGUUGGAUCAGAGGCUGAGCCGCCUGGAAAAGCAGUGUGUGGAUGCCCUGAGGGGCCAGGGCUUCCCCAGGUCCCAGAUCAGCACUGAAAGUUUCCUGCACCUGCGCUACCAGGGCACGGACUGCGCCCUGAUGGUGUCUGCCCACCAGCAUCUGGCCACAGCUCGUUCACCUCGUGCUGGUGACUUUGGGGCAGCCUUUGUGGAGCGGUACAUGAGGGAGUUUGGCUUCAUCAUCCCUGAGCGGCCAGUGGUGGUGGACGAUGUGCGGGUGCGGGGCACUGGCUGCAGUGGUCUUCGCCUUGAGGAUGCCCCCAAAACCCAGACUGGACCUCCGCGGGUGGACAAGAUGACCCAGUGCUACUUUGAGGGGGGCUACCAGGAGACUCCUGUGUACCUACUUGGAGAGCUGGGCUAUGGGCACAAGUUGCAGGGGCCCUGCCUCAUCAUCGACAGUAACAGCACCAUCCUGGUGGAGCCAGGUUGCCAGGCAGAAGUGACUGAGACAGGGGACAUCCGCAUCUCUGUGGGGGCUGAAGCGUCCAGUAUAGCAGGCACUCAACUCGACCCCAUCCAGCUGUCCAUCUUCUCACACCGCUUCAUGAGCAUUGCUGAGCAGAUGGGUCGCAUCCUGCAGCGCACAGCCAUCUCCACCAACAUCAAGGAACGCCUCGACUUCUCCUGUGCUCUCUUUGGGCCCGACGGGGGGCUGGUCUCCAAUGCCCCCCACAUCCCUGUGCACCUGGGUGCCAUGCAGGAGACUGUGCAGUUCCAGAUCCAGCACCUGGGGGCUGACCUAUACCCUGGUGACGUGUUGCUGAGCAACCACCCCAGUGCGGGGGGCAGCCAUCUUCCAGACCUGACUGUCAUCACACCGGUGUUUUGGCCGGGUCAGACACGGCCUGUGUUCUAUGUGGCCAGCCGUGGGCACCAUGCAGACAUUGGGGGCAUUACACCGGGCUCCAUGCCACCCCACUCCACCAUGCUGCAACAGGAGGGUGCUGUCUUUUUGUCCUUCAAACUCGUCCAGGGGGGCGUCUUCCAGGAGGAGGCGGUGACUGAGGCCCUGCGGGCACCAGGCAAGAUCCCCAGCUGUAGCGGAACCAGGAACCUGCAUGACAACCUCUCGGACCUCCGUGCCCAAGUGGCAGCCAACCAGAAGGGCAUCCAGCUGGUGGGGGAGCUCAUUGGGCAGUAUGGCCUGGACGUGGUGCAGGCAUACAUGGGCCAUAUUCAGGCAAAUGCAGAACUGGCAGUGCGGGACAUGCUGCGUGCCUUUGGAAGCUCCCGGCAGACCCGGGGCUUGCCCCUUGAGGUGUCUGCGGAGGACCACAUGGAUGAUGGUUCCCCUAUCCGCCUUCAUGUGCAGAUCAACCUGAAUCAGGGCAGUGCCGUGUUUGACUUCAGUGGAACUGGACCAGAGGUAUUUGGCAAUCUCAAUGCACCUCGGGCUAUAACGCUGUCUGCCCUCAUCUACUGCUUGCGUUGUCUGGUGGGCCGUGACAUCCCACUCAACCAGGGCUGCCUGGCACCCGUACGUGUCCUGAUUCCUAAAGGCUCCAUCCUGGACCCGUCCCCUGAGGCAGCAGUGGUGGGCGGCAACGUGCUCACGUCCCAGCGUGUGGUGGAUGUCAUCCUGCGGGCCUUUGGGGCCUGUGCUGCCUCCCAGGGCUGCAUGAACAAUGUGACCCUGGGCAACGCCCACAUGGGCUACUAUGAGACUGUGGCAGGCGGUGCAGGCGCAGGCCCCGGCUGGCAGGGGCGCAGCGGGGUGCAUAGUCACAUGACCAACACACGCAUCACUGACCCCGAGAUCCUGGAGAGCCGAUACCCGGUCGUCCUGCGCCGCUUCGAGCUGAGAUCGGGCUCUGGGGGUGGAGGCCGCUUCCGCGGUGGCGACGGUGUGAUCCGUGAGCUGCUCUUCCGCGAGGAGGCUCUGCUGUCUGUACUUACGGAGCGCCGCGCCUUCCGGCCCUACGGCCUCCACGGCGGCGAGCCUGGAGCCCGUGGCCUAAACCUGUUAAUCCGAAAGGAUGGCCGGAUGGUGAAUUUGGGUGGGAAGACGUCUGUGACCGUGUACCCUGGGGAUGUAUUCUGCCUCCACACUCCUGGAGGCGGGGGCUACGGGGACCCAGAAGACCCAGCCCCACCGCCAGGGUCGCCUCCCCAAGCGCCGGCCUUCCCCCAGCGCGGCAGUGUCUAUGAGUACCGCCGGGCCCAGGAGGCUGUGUGAGCUCCCUCCACCCCAAUAAAGAUCCCUGAAGUCGGGGCGCAGCUACCAGGCCAAA